AUGGCGCUGCAAAACGACAGUAUUCAUCUAUUCAAGGCAAGAGAAUAUGAGAUAGAAGGCCAAAAAUUCCCCAAGGAUCAAUGGUCAAACACUCCAAAUACAAUUCUUUCAAAAGUACCCAGACGACUUCAUCUGCAGCAAGGUCAUCCUAUUAGCACACUCCGAGCGCUCAUUGAAUCUCACUUCACCGGAUUCGCUUACCUCAAUUCACUCUCGCCUAUAGUCACCACGAAACAAAAUUUUGAUGACCUUGGAUUCGGGCCCGACCAUCCCGGUAGGAAUAAGACGGAUACGUACUACCUCAACGAAAAAACAGUUCUCCGUACACACACUUCGGCUCAUGAGGUUGACGUCUUCAAUGCCGGAGAACGCAAGUGGCUCUUAACGGCCGACGUAUAUCGUCGUGAUGAAAUCGAUCGAAGUCACUAUCCUGUCUUUCACCAGAUGGAAGGAGCCCGAGUUUGGGGAGUCACGGAUAAAGAUAUGGCCGAGCUCGCUGCUGAGAAUGCCGAAUGGGCAAAGGAGCUCAAGGCAGCUGAUAUUAUUAUCGAAGACGACACUCGUGUGGGCCCUCAGAAUCCAUACCAACCGGAGCAUAAUGAGGCGCAUGCGGCUCUUGUUGCCGCUAACCUCAAACAUUCACUCAAUUCUAUGAUCCUCAAACUAUUCGGUGGAAGAACACGAGGAGAACCACUCAAGGUACGAUGGAUCGAGGCCGAGUUCCCUUGGACGACUCCCAGUUAUGAAGUUGAAGUCUGGUUUCAAGGAAAGUGGCUGGAGAUUCUAGGAUGUGGUGUAGUUAAGGAGCCAACAUUGGUUAGAGGAGGCGUACAAAAUAGCAUAGCAUGGGCAUUCGGGCUUGGCCUUGAGCGAAUUGCUAUGGUUUUAUAUUCUAUCCCAGACAUUCGCCUUUUCUGGUCUAAAGACCCGCGGUUUGGAAGCCAAUUCACGCAGGGGGAGAUAUCAACGUUUCAGCCAUUCUCUAAAUACCCUAUUUGCUACAAAGACCUCAGUUUUUGGAAGCCCGAAGGAUUCCAUGAAAACGACUUGUGUGACGUUAUUCGAGAGGUUGCAUCAGAUUUGGUGGAAGAUAUACUGCUGACCGAUACUUUUACCCACCCUAAAACUGGGAAGACAAGUUUGUGUUAUCGACUAAAUUAUAGAUCGAUGGAACGUUCCCUUACAAAUGAAGAAGUGAAUUCGCUUCAUGAGACCAUCCAAAAACGAGCGACAAGUCAACUUGGCAUAGAGAUUCGAUAG